UCUCUCAUCGGCAAUCACUACACCGAAAUGCGUCUCGAAGAAAUCUCGGAAAAUUCAAAGCGCCUAAUUAGUGCCAUGAGGAGCCUUAUCGACAGAGGAGAGACGAAGCACCUAAAAGGAAAUCUAAGCGGGUGGCAGUAUGGUGGGGAAACAUUCAUAGAAACGGUCGCUUCGCUGGAAAAAGGCAUAAAGCAAGAACUUGAGUCUCAAAACAUUCAUGUCGUCGGCUGCUCGGUGCGACAUUUUUCUAAGGGGGCCAAUAUCAAGCCAUCCGAUUCUACGAAACAGUUAUUGAUCAUCCCAAUCAACGGAAUCUCGACCCUUACUUGCGGCGGCCAACUACCAACGGAACUACCAACGGAUACCUUUUGCUAUAUUGAUGACCGGCCGACGCUUUCUGGGGAUAACAUUGAUGUUAUUUUUGUUGCAUUUGAAACAAAUAAGGAUUCAUAG